CAGAUCAGAUCCAAUAAGUAUUUGUUGUUAUUUUUCCACAAUGCAGUGCUUGCCACAACGCUCCAUUUACUGAUCAAAUUAAUUCAAUAAGACAUUCCACGACUAAUUGUCCUUAGUGGAAUGUCCUCAAGUUAGUACCCCGCCAUGUACGCGGACGGAUAUAAAUAUUGGCUGGCGUACAAGACAAACACAACAAGUUAUUAUCGUUGUUGUCGCUACAUAUCCUCAAAAUGCCCUGGUCGUUGCAUAAGCGAAGAUGGGACUGUUCGCAACACGACCGCCCACAAUCAUUCGCCAGAACCGGAUCGCGCGCUCGUUGAUAAGUUCCGAAAAAUACUAACCCAACGAGCCGCCGCUGAGAAGACUGAACUCUAUGCAAUUUACUGUGAUGAAGCAACCUCCCGACACUCUGAUGCAGCCAUGCUAUAUUCGUUCGCUUCGGCCAAGUCGGCCAUGCGGAAAGCAAGACGCAAGCAAUUGCCGCAAACACCCAAUACCGUUUCCGAUAUCGUAGAUAUCCUGGACACGUCCGACUUGUUCCGGGUGAAUAGUGGCUCCGAUAAGGAUUCGAUUUAUCAGAAAACCAUUCGUUUGGAGGAUUCCAUUUGUAUGAUAUUCCUGCACAGGAAGACCGUUGAUCUCUUUGGGAGGAUUGAAGAGGUUCAUGUUGAUGGAACGAUGGAAUUCAUUCCUGAGGCACCACCUCGAUACCACCUGAUAACUGCUCAUGCGGUACAAGGAUAUAUUACUGCGCCAAUAGUCUACGCCUUACUAACUGCAAAAACACAGUCAGCCUAUGCAGCUCUCUUCGCAUACAUCCGCGAGGAACUGAACAUUUUGCCAAACAUGGUAAUGUCUGACUUCGACCAAACGAUGCAAGCGACCCUCGCGUAUGUGUUUCCAGAGACAGUGGUGAAAGGGUGCUGGUUCCACUACACAGACGCAGUGCUUGCACAAAUGAAAUGUCUCAAUUUACAGAAGGAAACUCACAAGGGAGUAGGUGCCAGUGCCCUUCGUAUGCUUCUCGUGUUGCCGUUUCUCCCAGCCGAAUACAUGUCUCCCGGUCUCGAUUCACUGAAGAAAUGGAUGAAGGAGAAAUGUAUUUUUUCGGAUGCCCUUUCCAAUUUAUGUGAUUAUGUGGAGUACGCCUGGUUGCGUGCUGUUGGUGCUGAGAAGAUGUCGAUCUUCGGAACGCCUCGGGGCAUUUCAAAUCAUCUCAAAAAUUUCAAUAAAGAGCUAUCAGCGAUCAUAGGAAGUGAGAGUCCCGCGAUUUGGGUAGUCUUAGAAUCUAUUACACAACUGGCGACGAAAAUCUACGUAAAAGCCAACAAAAAAAUGAGAGUCGCCAAAGCAGAAGCAUCAAGGAUAUCAGCAACCACCACAGGAAGAAAGCAGCUCCCUGGAAGAUUACAACGCAAAGACGAGCUGUUCACCGAGACGAUCAUUUCGAGUGCGACGCAAUUGUGGAUUAAAACCCCAGUUCACCUGAGGAAUCCCUUACAAUUCCUUCAACUUAGCAGUCAUUGUAUCAAUGAUUCUAUUUGCUUAGCCAACUUGCCUAAUGUUCAGAGCCCGCGUUCUUCUGCUUCCUCGGCAUUAUCACGAUCUCCGCCAUCUCUACGUCAACAGGCAGCGUGGAGUAGAGAGAAACUGUCUCAAAGUUCACAAAGCAAACAACAUGAGAUGGAGCAAACAAAUAGCUGCACUUCGAUUGAUUAUUUCCAGUUGUCGCAGCAACAAAAUUUGUGUUCCGUCGAUUCUCUUCAAGGUUUUUGCAAUAAUGUUACGAACGAAGUCAAUACAAGCAGCAUCACUUCUUGCUUGGUUGGCACGCAGAAUUUGGAUGGUAACGGCAUGGGUUUUUCAUCUAGUGCGGUUACUGCCUCAAAUUCAAGUGUUAUUCCGUCAGUCGGAACUCUACAGACAGUUAAUAAGCCCAAACAGCAGAGCACUUCGUCUGAUCCUCCACCGCUUGCGUUUUUCCCAGCUGUUAAGCGUAUGGCACUCAAAAGAAAUUUGCCGAUGUUAUCUGAACCUCCACCCCUAGUUCCGAUAAGUUCAAAUUAUAUUAAGAAAAAAUUGUAAAAAUAUAGCGA